CUCUUUACAGAUUAAAUGUCAGUCUGGAAUUUCAUGUAUUUUUUCUUAUUUUCAAUGCGCGUUCAGAAGUAUUACCGUGCACACCUCCCAGGCAAAAUAAUAAUAAUAAUACGCGCAGAAGUAAAAUGAGAAACCAGCGUUAUCACUUUUUUCUGUAUAGUGGAUUUUGGGGAUUUUUUUUAAUCCCAUGUUUUUGUGUCUAUCUCUCGCCUUUUGCUGUAGCCAGACUCCGUUUGUGGAAAACCGGUUUCACAUCUCAUGACUUGGUCUAAUUGAGCCGACUUGUGUAUAUUUAGACGCCACGUCUGUUCUAAAAUUGUCAGGGUCAUCUUUCCAUUUGGAAGACGUGUAAGGCCUUUUUGAUGUGUGGUAUUUCCAGAUAUGAAGUCUGAGCCCCUCCAAAUAAUAUCGUGUCAUUAUGUUGGGGGACAAACAUUAUGUUUAUAUCAUAAACAAGGACGGAGACAGCAAAACAGUCCAUGUACUAAUAAAUGUUAUCCGAGCUGUGAAUACAGCGUGGUCUCUUGAUGAUCCUAGAAAUGUCUUGUUUUAAUUAUAGGAUCCUGAAUACCGCUUUGAGUGCGUCGGCUUGUCUGAAAAGACUUCCAUGCCUGUUUAAGUCAGUUCCCGCUGCAGAUCAUAUUGAUCGGACAGAAAGCACAGGGCAAGGUGCGUUUGCUGUGGGGCUGAACCGUUUUUUUCAUGCAGUUACAUCAUUUGUAGGAUCGGGACAUAUUUGGCGAAUUUGUUGAAUACUCAGCCCGCGUGAACCCCGCGGAAGGAAUGACCAUGGACGCUGCCUCCUCCUUGAAGAUGACCACGACGGCCAUCCAGAACUACUUCAGCUAUGUGGAGGAGGAGAACUUGCUGGCUAUCGUGACCCACCUGGAGAAGUUCAAAGAAGUAGACAGCAGAAGUGAUAGUGGACAGACGGCGUUGAUGUUGGCAUCAGAGCAGGGCAGUCUGCAGAUUGUACAGGAGCUCAUCAGCAGAGGAGCCAACAUCAACCUGGAUGAUGUUGACGGGUGGACGGCGCUGAUCUCCGCUGCCAAGGAGGGUCACGUGGAGGUGGUGAGGGAGCUUCUGGAGCACAAAGCCAACCUGGAGCAGAGAGACAUGGGGGGUUGGAGCGCCCUCAUGUGGUCUGCUUAUAAAGGACGCCUAGAGGCUUCUCGCCUGCUACUGGAGAAGGGGGCCAGCCCCAACAUCACCGGACAGCAGUACAGCGUCUACCCCAUCAUUUGGGCGGCUGGACGGGGCCAUCACGAAGUCGUCCAUCUCCUGCUCCGGCACGAAGCCAAAGUCAACUGCUCUGACAAGUAUGGCACCACGCCGCUUAUCUGGGCCGCCAGAAAGGGCCACUUUGACUGCGUCAUGCACCUGCUGGAGAACGGAGCUGACGUCGACCAGGAGGGGGCGAACUCCAUGACGGCGCUGAUCGUGGCGGUUCGGGGCGGCUACACGGACGUGGUGAAGGAGCUUCUGAAGAGGAAUCCCAAUGUCAACAUGAAGGACAAGGACGGCAACACGGCGCUCAUGAUCAGCUCCAAGGACGGCCACACCGAGAUCGUGCGAGACCUGCUGGAAGCCGGCGCUUACGUCAAUGUCCCCGACAGGAGCGGCGACACGGUACUUAUUGGGGCCGUCAGAGGGGGCCACGUGGAGAUCGUCAGGGCCCUUCUGCACAAAUACGCCGACAUCGACAUCCAGGGGCAGGACAACAAGACGGCCCUAUACUGGGCUGUGGAAAAGGGUAACACUACCAUGGUACGGGACAUUCUGCAGUGCAACCCCGACACGGAGACCUGCACUAAGGAUGCGGAGACCCCGCUGAUCAAGGCCACCAAAAUGAGGAACAUCGAGAUCGUGGAGCUGCUGCUGGAUAAGGGGGCCAAGGUCUCGGCGAUGGAUAAGAAGGGGGACACGCCCCUUCACAUCGCCAUCCGGGGGCGGAGCCGCAAGCUGGCCGAGCUGCUCAUGAGGAACCCCAAAGAUGGCCGACUGCUGUACCGGCCGAACAAAGCUGGCGAGACCCCUUACAACAUCGACUGCAGCCACCAGAAGAGCAUCCUGACUCAGAUCUUCGGAGCCAAACAUCUGUCCCCCACGGAGUCAGACGGUGACAUGUUGGGCUACGACCUGUACAGCAGCGCGCUGGCGGACAUCCUGAGCGAGCCCACCAUGCAGCCGCCCGUCUGCGUCGGCCUCUACGCCCAGUGGGGCAGUGGCAAGUCCUUCCUGCUCAAGAAGUUAGAAGACGAGAUGAAGAUGUUCUCCGGGCAGCAGGUGGAGCCCCUCUUCCAGUUCUCCUGGCUUGUGGUGACCCUGACGCUCCUGCUGUGUGGCACCGUGGCCCUGGUGCUUGGCUUCACCGUCGACCCCCGUCUGGCCGUGGCUGUGGCCCUUACCCUGCUCGCCUUGCUCUACAUCUUUUUCGUGGUGGUUUAUAUUGGUGGCCGCAGAGGAGGUGACAGCUGGACCUGGGUGUUGAGCACACGCCUGGCCCGGCAUGUCGGCUACCUGGAGCUGCUGCUCAAGCUGAUGUUCGUCAACCCCCCCGAGCUGCCAGAGCAGACCACCCGUGCCCUGCCCGUCAGGUUCUUGUUCACCGACUACAACCGGCUCUCCAGCGUGGGCGGGGAGACUUCCAUGGCGGAGAUGAUCGCCACCCUGUCUGACGCCUGCGAGAGGGAGUUUGGCUUCAUGGCCACCAGGCUCUUCCGGGUCUUCAAGACGGACGAGACGCAAGGGAAGAGGUGGAAGAAGACUUGCUGCGUGCCCUCCUUCGUCAUCUUCAUCUUCGUCUUGGGCUGCCUGAUCACGGGCUUGACCCUGUUGGCCGUCUUCAAGGUGGACGAGCAGAACCUGCCGGUGAACGCGGCGCUGAUUGCCAUGGCGUGUGCUGUGGGCCUGGGCCUGCUGCUGAACUGCUGCACGUGGUGGCAGGUGCUGGAUUCGGUGCUGCACUCCCAGCGCAGGCGGCUCCACAGCGCCGCUAACAGGAUGCAGAAGCUGAAGAGCGAGGGCUUCAUGAAGGUCCUAAAGUGUGAAGUUGAGCUGAUGGCUAAGAUGGCGAAGACCAUCGACUGUUUCACCCAGAACCAGACGCGCCUGGUCGUGAUCAUCGACGGGCUCGACUCCUGCGAGCAGGACAAGGUCCUCCAGAUGCUAGACACGGUGAGGGUGCUGUUCUCCAAAGGCCCCUUCAUCGCCAUCUUUGCCAGCGACCCGCACAUCAUCAUCAAGGCCAUCAACCAGAACCUGAACAGCGUGCUGCGUGACUCCAACAUCAACGGGCACGACUACAUGCGCAACAUCGUGCACCUGCCCGUCUUCCUCAACAGCCGCGGCCUCGGAGGGUGUCGUCGGCUGUGCGCCACGGCGCCCCUUAGUGGCGACGUCACCAGCCCGGAUGACGGCCAUGACAUGGCAGACAGGAAGGUGUCCCAACACAGCCGACUGGGCAGCAGGGCGGCACCAAGCCUCAGGGGAACAGGGUACAUGGAGAGAGCUACGCAAGGCCCGCUUGCAGGCCCCCUGAGCUUCGUCUUGCCGCAGGACACCUACCGUCGGAGGCAGAUUCAGAGAAGUCUUACCAGGCAGAUGUCCUUCGACCUGACCAAGCUGCUGGUGACAGAGGACUGGUUCAGUGACAUCAGCCCCCAGACCAUCAGGAGGCUCAUCAACAUCGUGUCCGUCACAGGUCGACUGCUGAGGGCCAAUCAGAUCACCUUCAGCUGGGACCGCCUGGCGUCCUGGAUCAACCUGACUGAGGAGUGGCCCUACCGCACCUCCUGGCUCAUCCUCUUCCUGGAGGAAACUGAAGGGGUGCCCGACAAAGUGACUCUCAAGACCAUCUAUGAGAGGAUCUCCAAAAACAUCCCGACGACCAAAGACGUGGAGCCGCUGCUGGAGAUCGACGGAGACGUCCGCAGCUUCGAGGUCUUCCUGUCAUCGCGGACCCCCCUGCUGACGGCCCACGACGUGGAGACGUUCCUGCCCUGCACGGUCAACCUGGACCCCAAGCUCCGGGAGAUCAUUGCGGACGUGCGGGCAGCAAGAGAGCAGAUGCAUCUCGGCGGCGUGACCUAUCCCACGCUGCCCCUCCAGGACACCCCCCCCCAGCGCGCGCCGGCCGCCUUCGGCCAGCACCUUCCAAGCUGCUCCCCCACAUUGCCUGCCCCCGGCCUGCCCCCCCAGCCCCACAGCAGCCAGUACAGCGGCCUGACUGGCCCUCAGCAUCCCUUCUACAACAGGCCCUAUUUUCCCCAUGACGUGUACCAGCUGCCCCGGCAGUACGUUCCCAGUUCCCAUCAUGCACUUCUGCACCCAUCCGUUACGCCUGACUUUCCCAGGAAUACGAACAGCACACUAGAAGUUAUUAAGGAGGAUGCCAGCGAGGGUCUCCCUUCUCUCAUUCUCCCUCCCGCGGAUUCCGCCAUGGCCCCCCCUGGCCCAUCCACCAUCCCACUCAGCUCCAUGACGACGGACUGUGUGUGUGAGCGACUCCAGCAGGUCGAGGGCAUCGACCCAACCAUGUUGGUGCAGUACUUGGCCACCGUAAUGAAGGCCAACAUCAAUGGCAGAGUGCUGUCCCAGUGCAAUCUGGACGAGCUUAAGAAGGAGAUGGACAUGAAUUUCGGCGACUGGCAUCUCUUCAAGGAAAUGGUGACAGAGCUCCGUCAUGCAGAGAGCCAGGUGCUUCAUGAGGGCCUGCAGGCCGCCGGUGGGCAAGACUGUGGCACGGUCGCCCCUGGCACGGUCGCCCCUGGCACAACCACCACUGACCACGAGGCAUCCAACAGGUGCAGCCUAAGCUUUGAGGACCUGAGCACUCUGACCCUGGAUGAGCCGCAUAAGCUCAGCGAUUCCCAUUGGCCGGCAAUAGUGCAUAGGACCUCCAGCAUGUCCAGUCUCAACUCCCAGGAGUCGUCGAGCGACAUCUGCAAGCUGACAGACAAGCAGCAGGAGGAGUAUCGCGACGCCUACAGGGAAUACAUUGCGCAGAUGGGCCAGCUGGAGGGGCGGGAGCCCACGCCUCCGGACUCCCAGGACAGGGCAGGCGAGGCGGAUCGGGAGGCCCAUGAACCCGCCGACGUCAGCGGCCCAUCGCUCGAACCCAUCGCCGAGGAGGAGGAGAAACCACAGUCCCACACGACCGGGCCGUCCCCGGAGCUCAACAGCGAGGAGGAGGAGUCUGGGACAGAGUACACGGACCGCACUCCGCUCCUCAAGGAGGAGAAGAGGGUGCGCGUCAAAGUGCCGGCAGCUGCCCGUCUGUCCUCCGCCGACCUCGAGAAGGAGUCCUCCGACUCGGGGCUGAGGUCCAGCGACAGCUCGCCGGAACACUCACCUCGGGACGAGAAAACGGGCUCCCCCACGCUCAUCGAACUGGAGCGGGAGAGCCACCUGGGGAGGAGUCCCACAAAGCGGAGCCCGCAGGAGGAGGCCACCCGCAUGUCACUCGGCUGGGACACGCCCUCCGAGAGGAGCUGGUUCGCCAGGCGUGAUUCCGCGAUGAGCCGGGCCUUCAGCGACACCACGCUCAACAACAACAACAACAGCGGAGUCCCCUCCCGCCGCCUCGUCGCCACCCCCGGCUCUGGGGUCGUCCCAUCGACGCGCAAGAAGAAGAGGCUGUACUUGGGCCUCGGAGCCACCGCUGUGUCUGCUGACAGUGUGGCCUUUGGGGACGAGCAGGAGAGCAUCCUGUGACAAGCCAGUCCCCAAACAGUGCCCUUCAUAACCGUGCCCUAGUAGGUCGAUUUUUUUCAACAUGUGGACAGCAAAAAAUGUAAGAUUAAUAGGUUCCAGUCCCCAAAAAUCAAACAGAGACACCAAUUUCAUCUCUAAUGUACAAAAUUGAGGUAACAAAAAGAAUUGCAGCAAGGGGAGACAGUCUUAGAGGCUGGAAAAAAUAUGCUUGAUCGGGAUUAGAGUAGGUCCCAUGUUAAGUCUUAAGUUUUGUACUGAAGCUUGUGGGAUUAUAGAAAAAAUGGAGGUCCAGUAUGAAUGUAACCACAGUAGAGGCACAUAAAGUUGCCUGUGUGUUUAGCAUGUUGUGCACCAGCUCACCAGCUCCGAAGGCUGCAGGACAGGCUGGUCGAAGGCUAGCAGGUGACAUCACUGCCGCCAGCAUCAGAUACACCAGCCUAAAGCGCGGCUCACAGCAGGCGCCAUCCAAACGCUGGGGGGCUACAGCGCGGCAACAAUCCCAACUAUUUCGGUCUUUACCGGCCCUGCUGUUUAUUACUUUUUAUAUCGGUUUAGAAACUUGGAUGUGCUCGACGGAUCACGGACACUGGCGAACGAAAUAAAACCAUUAAUCUGUUUCUCGUUGUGUCGCCACAAAUGUCGUGAUGCCUUUAAAAAAACAUUGUGUGUGUUUGCUUAAGUAAAACGAAAAAAACAAAAACAAAAACGUUCCUAUGCGCUUGGAAAGGACGCAGAGCGUCAUCUGCGUGAAAUCUUUCCGUAAAUCCGUAAAUUCGAAAUGGCGUAAAUCACUGGGGCUUUAGUUGUUUAGAAGAAAACCCACAAAAAAAUCUUCAUAAAGCAAAUCUCAAGAACCAUAUGCCCUCCAUAAUUAAUAAAACCUGCUUGUAGAAAAACUAUCUCCUCUUUCAAGCAAGUGAAUUGGCUUGUGUUCCCACUUUGCAGUUUAUCCUGUUUAAUCGAAUUUAAAAAAACACUGCAGUGGUUAUUUCCUGCUCCUGAAUAAGAGUUUCAGCAAUGUCACAGCCGCUGAUGUCCGGUGUGCAACUGGCUACAGAGUUAAACCAAGUUAAUGCCCUUAUAUGGGAUAAAAUUGAUAACGGGUAGCCUCACACCUCUGGGUUGCGGAUUCGAGUCCUGCGGACUCCUGCCUUCUCCCCGCGUCACGUGACUUUCCUUUGAGUGCCCCGUAACCCUGACUAAGAUAAGUAUUUGGAAGGUGGUGGACAAAUGAUAACGAAUGAUAGCCCUUUCCAACACGUAAAUGUAGUGAAUUCUAAAGUGUACAUGUGCAUGGUCUUGAAAUGAAUUGAAAUGAACCACAUGCAUCGUCUUACCUGAUAUGUGCCUGUGAUCUUUUGGUCUUACCGCCCCGCAAAUGUAGCCUAUUACUUUAAAUGAAGCACAAAUUACCUGAGUGAAGCGGUCUUAUUUUGGACAUACUACGAGAGAAACUCCGUGCAUUGGGAACGCUGUCUAUAUGGUCGUCAGGAGUCGAUCCACAUUACAGCACAUGGCCUGGAUGAUUUGUUACCUAAAUAUGUUUAUGUACGAAAAUUGUUUCAUUACCGUAUAUUGUAAGAUACGGGCAAAUGUGUCCCAGUAUAUAUAACCAUGUAUAUAUAUCCUGGGAUCAUAAUGUCAUAUAUAAUCUGUGUGGAUGUAGGUGUGAUUUAGAUUAGCGCAGCCCUUUGAAAAAGAAACAGAUUUGAUCCCCCCCCCCACAAUAAACCACCUUUCAUCUCUAGCUGCACUAUAAAAAUUAUUUCGAACUACAGAUGCAGAUAUUUGCGUUAAUAUUUCUCUAUUUGCUCAUCACAUGGCAAAUUCUGGUAGACAUUGUGACCAAAACGCAUUUUUACCACGUAUAUAGUACUUGCCCUACAUAGAUUUUUUAAACCACGUACGCGGACGAUUCUUAAAACGGACAGGAUGGACAAUCCCUGGUUAUAACUGUGGCAUUUCCCCCCAUAAAUAACGGUAUACGGAGGGUCAAACAACCAGUAGGUGGCGUGCUCUCCAUGCAGAAAAAGAAAAAAAUACAACGGCUCUGUCAAAGUGCAGUAAUUUUACGUUUAAACCACGCCGAUACUUAACGUUGUCAACCCAAGAGUCAGAGCCGGAUUCCUUUCUUAUACGAUGCUUUGUUAAAACGGGGUUAGAUACACCGCAAAAUAUACGCACCCUAUAAGCGUUAUGUAAAUACAUGUACAUUCUGAAAUUAACAGUAGGACAAGAUGAAGCGUGAAAAAUAGUCAUAUACGCCAGAAUAGUUUUGUACUUUAGCAUCUGGAUGGCUGGAGAAAAAAAACAAUUGCUUUGUUUUUUGAAAGAAUAAAUGAGGUUUAUCAUCAA